CGGGCCGGGGCCGCGGCUCUCGGAGCGCAGAGGGCCGGGGUCUGCCCCGGGCCGAGCCUGCCGGGCAGCGCCACACCGCACCUCCACCUGCCGCGCUGGGCUACGUGGUCGCGGGCGGGGCCUCGGCCCGAGGGCAAGUUGGACGCGCCCCAGGGUCCGCGGAUGAAAAAUACAUUACGGAAAAAUACCGAAUUUGGAUGAAAGGCAGGGAGGCCGAGUGGGGUACUGUCCCUUUAAGCCUGUCCCCGCCCGCGGGCGCUCGUGGCCGGUGGGAGGGCCGUGCUGAGGUGGCAUCUGCGAAAGUUCCUCCCCGGCCGGCCGGGUCUGACUUCCAGAGCUGCUGAAGCGCAAGGCCGGCCUUCGUGUGCACCGGCCUCUUGAGUUCGGGACCUCUCAGCCGAGCUGCAUUUUAUUCCUGUUCAGGAGUUUGUGGUCUUGAGUGCUUAAAAAAAAUUCGCGCAAGAUUUCUGAGGGCAUGAAAAGAAGAAAUUUUAACUUUGGGAGAGAAGCCUGGAACUCAGCUGGAGGGUUUUUUGUGCCCUCCAUACCCAACUCUGCUUGGAGUAUGAAGCGCUUGAGAGCCUCAUUAGUUGGGGCUGACUAGUUCUUUCUGGAGCAUUACCGAUGAUUUCUCUUUGCAGACGGUUGCACCUUGCAUAAGUAGUUGACAAAACUUAUAACAGGGGAAUCAAAUACUUUGUACAGAAGCAAAAAAGUAGAAUUCUUCAUUUAAAAAGACUUGUCGUCUGCUUUUAGCACCAGGUUUCCAGCAUAAAUACACAGCUGUUGCAACUUCACCUUUCUCCCUUGCGUGAGCCCCAGCUGCUCCCCAGUUCUUAAGUUGUAAGAGGAAGCCCUUGUCUUCUACAUCUUUCUUUAGUUCUGUUUGCAGCCUGGUUACAUUUUUAAGAGAUGACUUUUUUUUCUUUUUUUCCUGUGGACAUUUUCACUCUGGCAAACAAAACAUAAAAUCCAAGUUGAGAGAAUAGUUUGAGGUUUGCACUGGGGACUUGAGUGCUGACUAACCCUAGAUUCCUGUGGGGAAGGUAGUCCAGUUCUGAGGGACUGGGGACCCUGAGGGAGGAAGAUGAGAUGGACUUAUGGGAAGGAGACCAUCUCUCUGGCCAGAAAGGAAAAGAAGCUGUAGACUUUGUCAUCUCUUGAGUCACAACCUUGUCAGCCAUGCAAAGGGAGCCUCUGAAGACCAUGUGUUCCUGUGGUGGUAUUUGAAAACUGGUUUAUAGUACUAUCCAAGGUCCCUUUCAAAUCCUGACUUGAGCAAUAUGGUUCAAUCCAGUGAGAAUCUGAGGAACCAAAAUGCCAGGCCUCUGUUCUUUGAGGACGGCCUUCCUCAGUUCUCCUGCAGGCUUGGCAAGUGGAGAAGGAUGGACGGCUUGCUUGCCUGGAGUGACUCGGUGAGGCAUGGGCAUCCAGGGGCACACUAGGCCUCUGGCUGGCUGUCCUCAAUGAAGGCAAAGCUCACAGCAGUGGCUAUAGAGGUGAGGACUGAUUUGGAGUUCUACUUUGUUAACCAGAGGCAGGCAGACAGUUGGACUGGGAUCCACUGGGUUGAGAGCAUGUCAUAGAAAGAGUAAACCGGUCAUUGUAGGGAUGAGGUUGGCAUUUACAUGUGGGUCAUCAGGUAACUGUCUAAAAUUAAGUCUUUAAAUAUGGGGUUUUGAGUUGUGAAAAAAGCAGUCUUGUUAGAUAAUACUGGAACCCUGUGUGUAAAAUAUGUCUGUAAUUGAAUCCAUUCUUCUCAGCCUCUGAGAAGAUUCAAAUUGCUGUUUGAAAUCUGGAAGCUAGGGCCUCAGCGUCUCCUGUCAAGUCAUUCUGGAUUUUUCUGGAGGUCAAGUCUACUGUGCUGGCUAGGGCCUUUGUACAUGUGAAGAGCACUGGAGGCCUACUUCAGUUCUCCCUUGGUCACGUAGGCUUAGCUGUGUGGAGCUUCCUUUCCUAAGCCACUUGGACCAAUGGCAUCAAUAUGAGGGCUACUUAGAAUGAACUCCCAGAAGGUGUAUGAGAGUCAGAAGAGAUUGGUAACUGGGGCAGAGUGAGGCCUGGUCCAGCACAGCUGUGUGCUGCUGCAGUUGGUGCAAGGUGAUAUGACAUCGUGUAGGCUUGUGCAGCUAUGGCUGAGCCCUCGAGACUUGCCUCCUCCUAGAAAGCAGGGACCUGGUCAGUGGCAACACAGAGAUAAGGAUGUAGUUGAGGUCACAUAGAUGACUGUAGCUUGGUAAGGGGGUGGGCAUCUGGGUUGAAGAAGUAACAUUGAAGCCUGGCAAGUUACCAGCCCGGUAGAGGGACUGCACAGGCAGGAGUAGACAAUCCUGUAUUACUGCUGUCUUUUCAUCUUAGACUCAGAGUUCGUAGCUGCCAUAAAGCCCACCUUUGCAAAUUCAGGAGUGCAUGGGGUUGCAUGCAGCAGCAGGUGACCUACCUGGUGGCCUCACCCAUCCAAAAGGCCCCCAAGGCAAGGUGACCCACACCCUCUCAUUUUACAGAGUAGUCCUUGGUCCUCCUCAGACAGCCUUUGAAGGUUCUUCCAAUCCUACAAUUUUAUGACCUGGUUUCUAAAUCCCCUGUGGAUUAGAAGGGGCUGAAGGACUUUUACAGGAUAACAGCAAGAACAAAGGAACUGCAAAGUUCAGAAGAUUCUUAAAAAGACAGGAGCGCUUGUCAUCCUGAUGUGAUACUGGCUGAUACCGCAGCCCAGCCUGCUCAGCAGACUAGAAGUUACCAGGGUCCAGGAAAGAAGGUUUAACCAGCAGGGGAAGCCAUCAAUUUUGUGAGGAUUUUACUUCUGAAUGAUAAGACUUAAAAGUUUUGGCACUUAGGGACCACUUCCUCAGGUCCCUAGAAGAGUUGUCUUCUAAGAGUUCAAUAUCUUGAAUUCUCAAAAUGUUCAGGUUUUUCUGUAAUAUGUUUUGUGUGAAGCUAAUGGCCUAAGAGUAGAGGUUUCAUUUAUUUUCCUAAGAAACUUGCCCAAGUAUUGGUAUUAGUAGCUGAAGUUUAAAAAGAUUAUAAUCCCUCCUGCUUGGGAGAGAAAAGGAUCUGAGUUGCAAAAUGCAGAUAAGUAACUUUUCUCUGGUUUUCUUUCUCCCUGUUCUUUUCCUUCCUAUCCCAUACCAGCAAAAGCUGGCAGGCUGACAGAGGCGGCCUCGGGACGGACUUUCUGGCUACUGACCAUUUUGCUGUGGCUUACCUGGAUUGCGUGUGGGUGUGAGAUCAACCAUGAGCUCUGUUGCAGUUUUGACCCAAGAGAGUUUUGCUGAACACCGAAGUGGACUGGUUCCGCAACAAAUCAAAGUUGCCACUUUAAAUUCAGAAGAGGAGAGUGACCCUCCAACUUACAAGGAUGCCUUCCCUCCACUUCCUGAGAAAGCGGCCUGCUUGGAAAGUGCCCAGGAACCUGCUGGAGCCUGGAGUAACAAGAUCCGACCCAUCAAGGCCUCUGUCAUCACUCAGGUGUUCCAUGUACCCCUGGAAGAAAGAAAAUAUAAAGAUAUGAAUCAGUUUGGAGAAGGUGAACAAGCAAAAAUCUGCCUUGAGAUCAUGCAGAGAACCGGUGCUCACCUGGAGCUAUCUCUGGCCAAAGACCAAGGCCUCUCCAUCAUGGUCUCAGGGAAGCUAGAUGCUGUCAUGAAAGCCCGGAAAGACAUUGUUGCUAGGCUGCAGACCCAGGCUUCAGCCACUGUUGCCAUUCCAAAAGAGCAUCAUCGCUUUGUUAUUGGGAAAAAUGGAGAGAAACUACAAGACUUAGAGCUAAAAACUGCAACCAAAAUCCAGAUCCCACGCCCAGAUGAUCCUAGCAAUCAGAUCAAGAUCACUGGCACCAAAGAAGGCAUUGAGAAAGCUCGCCAUGAGGUCCUUCUCAUCUCUGCGGAGCAGGAUAAGCGUGCUGUAGAAAGAUUAGAAGUAGAGAAGGCCUUCCACCCCUUCAUCGCUGGGCCGUACAAUCGACUGGUGGGUGAGAUCAUGCAGGAAACAGGGACACGCAUCAACAUCCCACCUCCCAGUGUCAACCGAACAGAAAUCGUCUUCACCGGAGAGAAAGAGCAGCUGGCUCAGGCCGUUGCUCGAAUCAAGAAGAUUUAUGAGGAAAAGAAAAAGAAGACCACAACCAUUGCGGUGGAGGUGAAGAAGUCUCAACAUAAGUAUGUCAUCGGGCCGAAGGGAAAUUCAUUGCAGGAGAUCCUGGAAAGAACUGGAGUUUCUGUUGAGAUCCCACCCUCGGAUAGCAUCUCUGAGACAGUGAUACUGCGGGGCGAGCCUGAAAAGUUGGGGCAGGCAUUGACUGAAGUUUAUGCAAAGGCCAAUAGUUUUACGGUCUCCUCUGUCUCUGCCCCUUCCUGGCUUCAUCGUUUCAUCAUUGGCAAGAAAGGGCAGAACCUGGCUAAAAUCACUCAGCAGAUGCCAAAGGUUCAUAUCGAGUUCACAGAAGGUGAGGACAAGAUCACUCUGGAAGGCCCCACAGAAGAUGUGAAUGUGGCCCAGGAGCAGAUUGAAGGCAUGGUCAAAGAUCUGAUUAAUCGGAUGGACUAUGUGGAGAUCAACAUUGACCACAAAUUCCACAGACACCUCAUUGGGAAGAGCGGAGCCAAUAUCAACAGAAUCAAAGACCAGUAUAAGGUUUCUGUCCGCAUCCCUCCUGACAGCGAGAAGAGCAACCUGAUCCGCAUUGAAGGGGAUCCACAGGGCGUGCAACAGGCCAAACGGGAGCUGCUGGAGCUUGCCUCUCGAAUGGAAAAUGAACGUACCAAGGAUCUAAUCAUUGAGCAGAGAUUUCAUCGCACAAUCAUUGGGCAGAAAGGCGAACGGAUCCGUGAAAUUCGUGAUAAAUUCCCAGAGGUUAUCAUCAACUUUCCAGACCCAGCACAAAAAAGUGAUAUCGUUCAGCUCAGAGGGCCCAAGAAUGAGGUGGAAAAAUGCACUAAAUACAUGCAGAAGAUGGUGGCAGACCUGGUGGAAAAUAGCUAUUCAAUUUCUGUUCCGAUCUUCAAACAGUUUCACAAGAACAUCAUUGGGAAAGGAGGUGCAAACAUUAAGAAGAUUCGUGAAGAAAGCAACACCAAGAUCGACCUUCCUGCAGAGAACAGCAACUCUGAGACCAUUGUCAUCACAGGCAAGCGAGCCAACUGUGAAGCUGCACGAAGCCGGAUUCUGUCUAUCCAGAAAGACCUGGCCAACAUAGCCGAAGUGGAGGUCUCAAUCCCCGCCAAGCUGCACAACUCCCUCAUUGGCACAAAGGGCCGUCUGAUCCGUUCCAUCAUGGAGGAGUGUGGUGGGGUCCACAUUCACUUUCCAGUGGAAGGUUCUGGAAGUGACACCGUUGUCAUCAGGGGCCCUUCCUCAGAUGUGGAAAAGGCCAAGAAGCAGCUCCUGCACCUGGCUGAGGAGAAGCAAACCAAGAGUUUCACCGUGGACAUCCGAGCCAAGCCAGAAUACCACAAAUUCCUCAUUGGCAAAGGGGGCGGCAAAAUCCGCAAGGUGCGUGACAGCACCGGAGCCCGAAUAAUAUUCCCAGCAGCUGAGGACAAGGACCAGGACCUGAUCACCAUCAUAGGAAAGGAGGAUGCUGUCCGGGAGGCCCAGAAGGAGCUAGAGGCAUUGAUCCAGAACCUGGAUAAUGUGGUUGAAGACUACAUGCUGGUGGACCCCAAACAUCACCGCCAUUUUGUCAUCCGAAGAGGUCAGGUCUUGCGGGAGAUUGCUGAAGAGUAUGGUGGGGUCAUGGUCAGCUUCCCACGCUCUGGCACACAGAGUGAUAAAGUCACCCUCAAAGGAGCCAAGGACUGUGUGGAAGCAGCCAAGAAGCGCAUUCAGGAGAUCAUCGAGGACCUGGAAGCUCAGGUGACAAUGGAAUGUGCUAUACCCCAGAAGUUCCAUCGAUCUGUCAUGGGCCCCAAAGGUUCCAGAAUCCAGCAGAUCACUCGAGAUUACAAUGUUCAGAUUAAGUUCCCAGACAGAGAGGAGAACCCAGUUCAUAGUGUAGAGCCAGCCAUCCAGGAGAAUGGGGACGAAGCUGGGGAGGGCAGAGAGGCCAAGGAGGCUGACCCUGGCUCUCCAAGGAGAUGCGACAUCAUCGUCAUCUCUGGCCGCAAAGAGAAGUGUGAGGCCGCCAAGGAAGCGCUGGAGGCCCUGGUUCCGGUCACCAUUGAAGUUGAGGUGCCCUUUGAUCUUCACCGUUAUGUCAUCGGGCAGAAAGGAAGUGGGAUCCGAAAAAUGAUGGAUGAGUUUGAGGUGAAUAUACACGUCCCAGCUCCUGAACUGCAGUCUGACAUCAUUGCCAUCACUGGCCUGGUUGCAAACCUGGACCGGGCCAAGGCGGGGCUGCUGGAGCGAGUGAAGGAACUUCAGGCUGAGCAGGAGGACCGGGCUUUAAGGAGUUUUAAGCUGAGUGUCACUGUAGACCCCAAAUACCAUCCCAAAAUUAUUGGGAGAAAGGGGGCAGUGAUCACUCAAAUCCGUUUGGAGCAUGAUGUGAACAUCCAGUUUCCUGAUAAAGAUGAUGGGAACCAGCCCCAGGACCAAAUCACCAUCACAGGGUACGAGAAGAACACAGAAGCUGCCCGUGAUGCUAUCCUGAAAAUCGUGGGUGAGCUUGAGCAGAUGGUUUCUGAGGAUGUCCCACUGGACCACCGUGUCCAUGCCCGCAUCAUUGGUGCCCGGGGCAAAGCCAUCCGCAAAAUCAUGGACGAAUUUAAGGUGGACAUCCGCUUCCCACAGAGUGGGGCCCCAGACCCCAAUUGCGUCACUGUGACAGGACUCCCAGAGAAUGUGGAGGAAGCCAUCGACCACAUCCUCAACCUGGAGGAGGAAUAUCUGGCAGACGUGGUGGACAGCGAGGCACUGCAGGUGUACAUGAAGCCCCCAGCACAUGAGGAGUCCAAGGCACCAUCCAAAGGCUUUGUGGUGCGGGACGCCCCCUGGACUGCCAACAGCAGUGAGAAGGCUCCUGAUAUGAGCAGCUCUGAGGAAUUUCCCAGCUUUGGGGCUCAGGUGGCCCCCAAGACCCUUCCUUGGGGCCCCAAACGAUAAUGAUCAAAAAGCAAAAACCUUUCCAGCCUGCUGACCCAAACCUAGCCACACAAUGGUUUGUCUCAAUCUGACUCAGCAGCUGGACCCUCGUAAAUUGUUGACGCUCUUCCCCCUCCCCGAGGUCUCGCAGUGAAGCCUGGCAAGCCGGCCUUGUGUGGCCAUUUCUCCAGGCCUGGUCGGCACCCAGCGGGCUCAGGAUCUACCGUGCUCUGGGACAGGCACGCCACUGUUUUAAACACUAAGCAAAGGUAAUUGAGCAUUUUGUGAUAACACAGACUCCAGCUUCCUGGUCCACCCAGCAUGUAGUCAGCACUCUGACCAUUACCAGAGCUCCGCAGCAGCGGCUAGGAGUCGACUUCCUGUGUCAUGACCUCAGGAAAUAAAUUUCCUUGACUUUAUAAAAGCCAAAA